UUUACGGAAGUUGAGUGAAACAGUCAUACAGCCAACGCGUCAUGGGAAAGGACGUAAAGAAAGUCGUGCGGGUGGGAACCCGAAAAAGUCAGCUUGCCCUUAUACAGACCCAUCAUGUGAUAGCGCUGCUGUCUGAAUUAUACCCAAAUAUUGAGUUUGAAGUCAUUAAAAUGUCCACAACUGGUGACAAGGUUUUGGAUACAGCCCUGUCUAAGAUUGGAGAAAAAAGUCUAUUCACCAAAGAGCUAGAGUUUGCCCUCGAGGACAAGAGAGUGGAUUUUGUUGUCCAUUCCUUGAAGGAUCUUCCUUCUACCCUUCCUCCUGGCAUGAUCAUAGCAGGGGUGCUAGAGAGGGAGAGUCCCUGUGACGCAGUUGUCUUCCAUCCAGAUGUGAAGGACAAGAAAUUACAGAGUCUUCCACAGGACAGUAUAAUUGGCACAAGCUCCUUACGCAGGGCAUCACAGCUGAAAAGACAGUUUCCUCAGCUCAAGUUUCAAGAUGUUCGGGGCAAUCUGAACACGAGACUUCGUAAGCUGGACACCGGAGAUACCUAUUCAGCUCUUGUGUUGGCCGAGGCAGGGCUGAAGAGAAUGCAGUGGAAUGACAGAAUUGAUGAGGUCCUGUCCCCUGAUGUUUGUAUGUAUGCUAUAUGCCAGGGAGCUCUGGCUGUGGAAUGCAGGGACAAUGACACUGAAACCCUGGAACUGAUUAGUAAACUGCAGCACAGAGAGUCUCUUCUUAGAUGUGUGGCAGAGAGAGCUUUCUUGAAGAAACUGGAGGGUGGAUGCAGUGUUCCUGUAGCUGUCCACAGUGAGCUGGCAGAUGACAACUUGAUGCUGAAGGGGGGAGUGUUCUCACUUGAUGGCACAGAAGCUGUAAUAGACUCUAUCAAUGUAAAACUUCCAGAGGAAGGAGAGAGGUCUCCUAAGAGGAGCCGCAGUGUCUUUGUUCCAUCAUGUGCAAGUGUCGUGUCCAAUCAAGUUUCAUUCCACGUGAUGCAGGCUGCAGAGGCUGCUGGGAUACGUGUUGCUGAACUGCUGCUAGCAGAAGGGGCGGGACCCAUUUUGGAACACUCACGACAACACACAGAGGCUCAUACAAAACGGCACCCAUCUGGUGCGCCUGCUUGCCCAUACUUUGAAACUGUGAAAAAGGAGCUGGAAACAGAGGGAGUGAUUGAUAAAAAUGAUGGCCACGUAAUAGACCAUGUGCCUCCUAGAAGACCCAGCGCGGGUGAUGAAAUUGAGGGGUUGCCGCACUGUCCAUAUUUUGAAGUUGUCGACAAUAGUGAGGCUGAUGCCACAGAUGCAGGCAGCAAUGGUAAUGGUGUUGUCAAAGAGACCCCUGUUGUCAUAGAGACACCUGUUGUCAAGGAGACACUUGUUGAGACUAAGAGUAAUAUACAGUUGAAGGAGGCUAAAACAAAUGGCUCUGCUGCAAAGUGUCCAUUUCAUAAUGUAACAGAUACAAAGUAGUAAAAUUGUGGGGUACAAGACCUACAUCACUGCCAUAUAUCUGCGCAAAAUUCCAUAAGUUUAAAAAUAUUUAUAAGUUAAUUUUUUCUUUAUGUCUGCUAGUACUAUUACUACUGUUUUGUUUUUUAAUCAAUUCCUGAAAUCCACAAAGAGUUUGAUAUUGUCUCAAAGAUUUGCCACCACCUAGUAUUUUAUAUUAAGAGCUUGACAUUAUUAUGUCCAUUUUCUUUUGGCACUCAUAUUUCCAUUUUAAUUUAGAUGCUCUUGCUUAAUAUCUAAUGUGGGUUAGAGGGCUAGAUAUUUUUUUAAAAAUUCUUAUUUGAACAGAAAGCAUAUUUUAUGCUUUUUAAGUCUGUGAUUGUUCAUGACAUGACCUUUGUUAAUAUGUUUGUCUUCUUGUAUUUUGCCAAAGUGAUAGAUUAAAUAAAAAUGACUGCCUAGUUAACUAGUAAUGGUACCAAUUAUAUUAUUAAACUCAAAUAUAUCACACAUAGAGCAGAGGUACACUGAAGCUUUAGAUUAAAUUAUCCAUUAUUUUCACAAUUAUAGUUUUAUUUAAAAUAAGUUUUAAGUGGAGAAGGCAGCUAACUUAUAGUAUCUUAUAGAUAUGGUAUUUAUCAUCCUUGUUUUCACAGAUGUUUUAUUUUAAGAAAGUAUAACAUUUCUUUAAAUAUUUUAUAUAAAAAUUGUUGGCAAUUGAAGAUUGCAAACUAUAAGCAAGUGGCCCUUGUGUUGAGACGAUCUCUCUUACAGAUGUUUCUUUUCCAAUAUUUUACAAGAAAUGCUUUCAUUUCUUCAGUCCAACCUCCUGAGCAUGAAAACAGCUGUUUGUUUGUUUUUUGUUUUUUUUUAAAUAUUUUUAAUUAAGCACUUUCAGCAAAGUUCUUGAUUAUCUUUUGUUCGUUGUAUUGUGCAAUACCCCAGUCAUUGUUCAUGUUAAAUGUUUAAUUAAAUUCUUUGAGUAUGUACAUAUAUUAUAAUAUUUGACAGAUAAAUCUUAUAAAAAUUGUACUAUAACAGCUGUUAAGUGAUGGUACAGGUUUUCAUGUACAAAUGUAUAUCUGAAGUAGCUAAUAAAUAGUUGGAGAGAGA